AUGACUUCACACUCGCUCGCCCAGAACGCGACCCGCGCACAUGUGUCGGCUGUGGAUAUGCGCUUCCCGCCGCCGCAGAAGACGCAUCGUUGCUCCUCGUCGACGCUCUCCCCGCGUGCCACAUUGCCGUUCCCGUCCAUCCACACGCUCCUCUCGCUCACGACCGACCUGAACGCGCUCACUAUCCUCGUCGCGCCGACCUCGUUCGCCCUUGGGACACUGCCGGUGUCCGAAAUAGUACGAAAGCUCACCCUGGGCUAA